GCCGAGACAAAGGACACCGCCAGAGAACACGAGGAUGUCUUGCUCAACUCACAGGAGACGAGUGACGCGGGACCUCUCCGUUCUCCUCAUCCUCUUCCACGUGUUCCUCAUGUUUCUGCCCCUUACGCUGGCUGAAGAGAUCAACAACGAGAAGAUGAUCCUGGCACGGAGCAUGGGGUCCAAAAAGAAGAGCAUGUGUCUGCGCCAACUUGAGAGCCCCACGCCCCUCAAGAUACGGCUCAAGAUGAACGUGAGGCCUAUAGGACCAGGGAGCAACUUCGUACAUAUCGCUGGCGCUGUUGAUAUUCCCACUGAAGAGCUGGAAGUUGGGGGAGACUGGGCACCGCUUCACUACGAGUACACCUCCGUCAAUCAAGAACUCUACCUCAACAUGACGCUGAAGGGCAAGCCACUGACAUACAUUCCCAAUCGCCCCAUGUACCACCUUCGCUAUGAUCUCGAAGCUGUCAAGAUGCAUGUUAUGGGACGAGUGGAGAUAAUUGACAAGGAUGAUUGUUCACAACUCGAGACCACCACCACCACCACCACGCUCCCUGUCGUCGCCAUCCUGCCAAACCCCGCCGCCUACACCAUGACGGACAGCAAAGACGCAACGUCGUGGGUUUGGGUGAUGGGGACGGCAGGCUCAGUACCCAUCCUAAUCAUCCUAGUGAUUCUACUGAUGUUGCUGGUAGUGGUGGUGGUGAGUGUCUCUGUCAUCCUGUGGCGCCGAAGGAAAGCAGCCAACAAUAUCUCAAAGAACAAGAGCCCCUUUGCUGCAUGUCACGACCCGCUCAUGCCUCAGCCACAGACCGCAGACCAGUUUUCCACAAACAAUACGAAUGUGAGCCCUUUAUACAGAUCUCCUCCUCCUCCUCCUCCUCCAAACUACUAUAGUGAAUGAGAAAACUUAUGAUGCACACGCAAAUAGCAAAGAUGUACUGAAUAUCACAUCACCUCAAAAAUUUUCAGCUCUCCAAUGCUAGCAUGAAUGUAAACCCUUCAUAUGGACCAUUUCCUUCUCAUCCUCCUCCUCCUCCUCCUGCUAAGAACUACGUUUAAAAAUUUACAGCUGUUGUAUACCAUAUGAAUUCACGUAGCUGUAAUCAUCAAAUACAAUACGUAGUUAUGUAAAAAUUCCUCAUCCUGUAUUGAAUCACAAAAAUCCGCGAUACAUUAUAAAUUAUGAUUAUUAUGAUUAUUAUAUUAUUAUUAUUAUCAGUAGUAGUAGUAGUAGUAGUAGUAGUAGUAGUAGUAGUAGUAGUAGUAGGAGCAGCAGUAGUAGUAGUAGUAGUAGUAUAGUAUAGCAGUUUUAGUAGUAGUAUCAUUAUCACCAAAGUUAAUGUAAUGAAGCAACAUUUCAUCAUGAUUAGUGACGCCUACCCUGCAACCCUUCCUGAAUCACCGCCAUUAUCACAGUAUAGGUUUCCUGUCAGAUAUUUUUAGGGUUACUGAGUUAUCGCCUCUUUGUCACCCAUUGUGGUCACCCGCCAGUUGACACACGUGCUUGCUUGUCACUCAUUAUUCUGUGAUGACUCCCAACCUUUCUGUAAACUUCACCUUAUGAUAAACCUUCUCACAUCUUGAUAGGUACCGCGUCUCCCUGUUACUUUUGUUAUGAGUAUCAUCUUCCCUGCAAAUCCUGCCUUAAACUAUCUCUACAUCUUGUUAGUUGUGUCUCUUUAUUACUUUUGCUAUGACUUGCAAGCUUCUACAAACGCCCUUCCCUUGCAUCGUGUUACCGUAGUUUUGUCAGUGACCUUAGAGCUUCCUGCAAUCGCUACCUCCACUUAAACCUUCUCUCGUAUUUUGAUUCUGUGUUUGCUUGCCAUUUUUUGCUACUGACCUUUAAACUUCUUGCAAAUAAAGUCUUCUCUCGCAUGUU